AUGGCUGCAGCGCGUCGACACCCUUCCAUGCAGAUUUUUCAGGACCCUGUGCAGCCUCACCAUCUACACCACCAACCACGCCCAGCAAACGCCGCUGACACCCGCCACACCCACCCUGUCACCCACAUCGCCGACGUGUCCAACGCUGCGAACACCCUUCUUGCUCCCCCCGUUGCCCACACCGCCAAACCCUCGCCCCGCAAGGCCCGCCAAGUCUCCAGUUCUCCACCUCCCACCGCACUCGUCCAAAAGGGCCUCGACACGCUCAAGAUACCCCCUCCCAAGGAGCAGCGCUUCCGCACCGACGCGCCUGCAAAGAAGGACCAGCCCACCCUCUCGCAGCAGCUGCACCACGCCCAUUCAAUGGCGGGCCAUCUCCAGUACUGGCCUAGCCACGCCUCCCACAUGGACAAAGAAAACGCCUACUAUGCCGGACCCGUCCUGUCCGCCACGUCGCCAACAGAGCCACCAAUGAAGCACGCGUCCAAGCAGCCGCUCAUGACCCCUAGCGCCCCACUGCGCGACCGAACCAACUUCAACACCACUACCACUCACUCUGCUUCAACCACCAAGAAGCAAAAAGUUAUCAAAGACAUCAAAACCGAGGAAGCCGACGGCCCAUUGCCCGAUCCCGACCAAAUGCCCAGCGUAGAAGACGAUGGCAACAAGCCCUCCUACAGCUAUGCCAUGCUCAUUGGCAUGGCCAUUCUACGCGCACCAAACCGCAGACUAACACUUGCCCAAAUCUACAAGUGGAUCUCAGACACCUUUGCCUUUUACCGCAACUCACAAGAGACUGGAUGGCAGAACAGCAUCCGCCACAACCUCAGCCUGAGCAAGUCAUUCUCCAAGCAAGAGCGGCCCAAGGACGACCCAGGAAAGGGCCAUUACUGGGUCAUCAACGCUGGAUUCGAGAAGCAGUACCACAAGGUCAAGCCCAUCCGCCGCCCGGCCCCGCCAGAGUCCUUCGCACCAGUAUACACCAGCGAUCUUCCCCGUCCUUCACCAUCUGCCACAGCCAGCUUCCCACCUCUAAGCUCGACAAAGGGCUUUGACUCGAGCAAGUACCCUGAAGACAACGACCUGCCUUCUUCAGAAGCCACUAUUCCGUGUUCGGAUCCAGCUGCGCACGACGGACAGGAUCCUCUAAGCAUGCCACCGCCUCGCCAGAUACCAUCUUCGCCACCACCAGCAGACAUUCAUUCAUCGCCGCCUCCUCCAGUCUCGCGCUCGCGCUCGGUGCGUGAGGACACGCCGCCGCGUGCUCCACGCUUCCCGUCGCACAGCCGUUCCGGCGGACGAAAGCGCAAGUUCAACGGCCUUGGAGACAGCGGCUACUACUCAUCCAUCGAAUCCUCAGCAAUCAAGGGCAACCCGGCAGGCCCAUUGCUCACAUCCGAAGCCGAUCUCGAUCGUCCCAGCCUGAAACGAGGACGUGCAGAGGAAGAGAUUGCCCGCAUUCGAGGUUCCUCCUACGAUUCUCCCACUAAGACGCGGACCCACAUGAAGCAAGCUGGCAGUACCCACAUGAUCUCGUCACCGCUUCGCAAAGGCGAUAAGAUUCACGACCCUCUAACCCCUGCUAUCGUCUUCAAGCGUCCGGCCCUGCCCCCUGCAUCAGCGUCGCCCAACACUAACCUGCGCAACCACCGCAACAAGAUGCGCGAGCUGGUUGGCGGCUCGCCAGACAAGAGCCUCGCCAUGUGGGUCGACACUUCCUUCCUUGACAACAAGAGUUGGAGCCCCGCCGUCGCCAUUCCAAAUGAGGAGCACGUCAACCUUGUCGGACAUGGCUUCGAGAGCACCUUUGACAUUUUUGGCGACUUUAGCUACAACGAGAGCCCCAUCAAGCGCUCAGCCAAGCGUCCUCGUCUCGAGCGCGCCGUCACCACUAGUGGAAUCCUUGCCGAUAUCACCGGCUCCAAGACUAACUCGCCCACGCCCAACUGGAAGAUGUCGUCCUCCUUCCUCAAUAUCCCUGACCUGUCGCCUGUCAAGAGCCUGUCACCUAUCAAGGCUCCUAUGCUCAAGGCUCCCAUGGACACCCCGACCGCUGAAUUCGCUCAUCCCAGCAUAAUCAAGAACAAGGGCCACAAUGCUCUCACACCCCCUCAGUCAUUCCCUGCACCUGCAAAGUCCGAGUCGCAACAGCAAGACGACGAAGACAUUUUCCAUCUUCUCCAUAGUGACGAGUCCGAGCCAGGCAUUGACCUGCUGCAAGGCUUCGAGAAGAUUGGAGCUAGACAAUUGGCUGUUGCCCCGAACGGAUCUCCUCAAAAGAAGGGACCGAGACCCAGCUUAACCCGUAGCUCAACCACCCGCUUCUAA